AUCAGCUUUUAAAUGGUAGCUGUACAAUAUGUAACCCAUUUGUGAUAUAUUCAUCAUUCCAAAAUGAGGGAGAAACUGAAACUGUUCAAACUAGGUCUGUCCGUAGACGAAGAUCAAGCAAAUUUUCUGAAAUAGAAUCUAGUAGUGGUGAAGAAUGUGAAACCACAGAACAGCCUUCAUGUAGUCAUAGAGGAGGACCAAGAAAUGUUCAUGAAGAAACAUUUAAAAUUCAGAUUGAUGACGAAUGGGAAAUACUACUAGAAUGUCAUAAUCGUCGUCCAGGAAGGCCCAGAAAGGUCAUUGAAGAAACGCCUAAUGAUGUUACUAAUGAUGUAGAGGAGGAGCAAAGUGAACCUGACAGUGACAUGAUGGUUGUUGAAGAGGAGACUGGUAAAGAGCAUGAAACAAGAUCACGGUCUCAACAUUGCCGUCGUGGAAGGUCGAGAAAGUUUCUUGAAGGAACAUCUAGUAGGAAGGAAGAUCAGGAAACAUUACUGCAAUCGCAACAUUGUCAUGUAGGUUUGUCAAGAAAGGUUCUUGAAGGAUUGUUCAAUGAAAUGACUCUGGAAAAUAACACCAGUGUACCAGUGUCACCAAGAAAAUGUGUAGCCAAAAAAUCAACUGGGACACGAGCUAUUCAGUCUAAAAGCCAACAACAAGUAACUAAGAUUAAACCUUUUUUUCCCUUAAAUAUUU